AAUCUUGCGCAGUGUUGAGCGUAAUGCAAUGCGAAUUCUCAGUUCGGUUUUUUAUUUCUCUUACCAGUUGAUUCGUGGUAUCGUGGUCGGAAGUAUUGUCUAAUCGCCGAGAAAUUCCGAAUAAAAUACGUUGGGCUCAUUUUUGAAUCGACUACAGAGAUCAAUGGAGUGACUUCACCGAUGGUAUAUUGUCUUCGUGACAAAUUAAAAUGGAUGAUUUCAAAAAGUUCGUCUUUUUUUGUGUAUUCAUCUUUCUGUAUGGAUUUCCUUCUGGAUUCGCGGUUACUGCGGAUUCAUCGACGUCUGAAUGUUCGGCGGAUAAGCUGAUUGUUUAUAAAUUAGUUCUUCAUACAUUCUGGACGAGUAGUCGAUUUCCAAAACAUUAUCCUCAGUGGAGACCACCAGCUCAAUGGAGUAAACUUAUAGGUCGAUCACAUGGAAAAACAUAUUAUCUGUUCCGGAUCGGUAAAAAGUCCUCUAAUGGGAUGAAAACUUUCGCUGAAACGGGCAAAGACGAUAAUUUAAACAAUAUCGGGCAAGGUGAAAACGACGUGUAUGAUGUUUUCAACGCCCCUGCUAUUACCACGGGCUCAGGUAGAACAGAAACACAGUUUAUGGUCGACGGCAACCAUUCGUUGGUGUCGGUUGUGUCUCGAAUAAUACCGUCUCCGGAUUGGUUCAUUGGUGUGGAUUCGUUCAAUUUAUGUGUGAAUGGAAAUUGGUUGGAUAGCAUUACAAUUGAAGGCGAUCCGAUGGAUGCCGGAACUGAUAAUGGUUUCACAUUCACUGCCCCUAAUUGGCCGACACAACCACAAGGUGUAGUGUUUCGAAUGUCCAGCAAAUAUCCUUCUCAUCCAGCUGGCUCGUUUUUCUAUCCUCAGCUAAAAAGGUUACCACCAAUUGCUACGUUUCAAUUUAUCAAGAUUCGUGCUUACGACUUGAGCGAAGUUUUCUACAGAACAGAAGAUGAAAAACAAUACGAAGUGUUCAAGAUUACCGAUCAUCAAAAAGACAAUCAAAAUUCAAUUACUAGCAAUGAAGUCGAUCAAGAAAUUGAAGGUCAACGACUGGAGCAAGAAAUUCGUUUGAAAAGCGAAUUAGCUAAAAAUGGAACUUUUGAUCUUCCUUCCAUUACAACAUCCAAAAAUGAUCUUUCAACUUUAGUCAAUGAUGAAAUGUCAAAUUCUAUUUUAACUGGAUUUUUUAAUGAUGCGCAAAUUCAUCAGUAUAAUAAAUUGAAGAAGAAAAAGAAAAGAUAUUAUCGUGAUUGCAAAGUAAGCGAUUGGGGAGAAUGGAGCAGCUGUAAUGCAACGUGUGGAGUUGGCGAAAUGAAUCGUAAACGAGAAGUAAUAAAAUAUCCAAAAGGAAAAGGUGAACCAUGCCCACCACUUACGGAAACUAGAUGGUGUAAAAAUUCAGCUACUUGUAAUGAUAGUAUUCUGUUCAAGUGGUAAAACUGAAAUUAAUUAGUACCUAUUUAUUACGUGUGAAUUGAUUUUUUAUGUUGGAUUUUAUGUAUGUACCUAAUUAACGGAAAUUCGAUGUGCAUGUGUUCUUUUUAUCUUAUUUUUUUUUAUUCGUAAAAAGAACUGUUAUUUGCAAUGUUUUUAUGAUUUUAUUGUUGAAUAGAAAUUAAUUUUGUACAUGUUAAAUAAGUUUUGUUAUACCAAUUUUGAAAUUUUUUGGAAAGAAAACUCGAGUCUCGGUAUUUUUUUCACUAUACUGUAUUGAAGAAUUUCAUUUUUAAAAAUUAAUGUAUUUUCAACGCUAUGGCAAUUUUUUUUUAGAUGGAAAAAGGUCGGUGUAAAAUAAAAGUGCGUAGUACUAUAUUUUUCUAAAUUUUAUUUAUCGAAAAUUCUAAAAUUCGAGUACCUAUAGCUCUUUGUAAAACAUUUUAGUUACCUAGAUACUUUUAUCGAAAUUCAACAGAAAUAGGUAGGGCAAUUUUUGUUGUUUUAGCAUUGUGGGUCAUUUGGAUUUUAGUUUUUUAGAAUUGGUCAAAGGAAUGAGAAAAGUAAUUCGAAACAGAGUCGGGCGAUAUUCAACUUUCUAGUAAUAGGUAAUAUACCCCAGUAAAACUAACGAAUUUGGUAAAUAAAUGGUAGAAAACGAGUUUCGAAUAGUGGAUUGUGAUGUGCAUUUUAAAAAUUUUCUAUGGGAUUUUGCCCAUUAAGCGAAAUAAUUAAAAUUAAAAAUAUCAGUUCUACCAAAAAAACAAACGUAUGUACCUACAUACCUACUACAAAUGCAAUCGAUUUGAUAUCAUUAUUGAACGUUUCAGAUAGUAAUUUUCAACUUUCCUCUCAUUUGUAAUUAACUACUUACUUACUUUUAAUGUAAAUACUUAAUUGCACCUAUUUUUAUUAAAUAAUUUUAAAUUUUCUGUGAUGUAUCUAUCUUCCAGCUUCAAAAAAUAUAGACAAUUUUUGUAAUCUUAGGAACAUUUUAUAUGUGUAUUGUGUAAUAUGUAUGUAUAUGAUUGAAUUAUAUCAAUGUAAGUUAUCAAUUUUAAUUCAACCUAUUAUAGAAAAGUCCUACCUUUGCAUGUAGAUAAUUUUGAAAAACUCUUUCUAAAUACAGAAAAGGCAUGUUUCAACGUU